AAAAUAGAGUGAUACAUCCGCAUUCUUCUCUAUCUCUAGCUUUAAAUUUCUAUUGAUACUUCUUAUUACAUAAUUAUGUGUUCUUAUCAUUUAAUCUUUCCCAAAUUAUGAAAUUCGUAGUUUUUUGAAGCAUAAAAUUAUUGAUUAGUUCUGUGUGUAAAGGUAAAAUUGAGUUUUUAAGUUGGAUACUCUGGCAUGGCCCUCUCCCGUGUAGUCUUGUCAUUGCUGAAAUUGAAAGUUUCGUAUUCUUGCCAGCUUGAGUUGAGAAAGUCUAUUCCAAAAUACUUUUUUAAUAAUAAUACUCGUUUAAUCUCAACUGCCGCUUUAAUUGAUAAAACAAAGAAAAUGCCUUUCGAAACAGUUGAAGCUGGAACACCUAAUGGCGAUGACUUCAGAAUCUAUUACAAAAAUGAAAAUGGCCCAGUUUCACCGCUGCAUGACAUUCCGUUGUACGCUGACCCGGCCAAUAACGUCUUCAACAUGGUCGUUGAAAUACCUAGAUGGACAAAUGCAAAAAUGGAGAUUGAUACAAAAUCUCCACUGAACCCAAUCAAGCAAGAUGUGAAAAAUGGGAAGCUGAGAUAUGUUGCAAACUGUUUCCCUCAUCAUGGAUAUAUCUGGAACUAUGGUGCAUUCCCCCAGACAUGGGAAAAUCCGGCUCAUGUAGAUUCCCACACAAAUCAUAAAGGAGAUAAUGAUCCAAUCGAUGUUUUGGAAAUCGGCCACCGUGUUGCCAAGAGAGGAGAGAUAAUUCAGGUGAAAGUUUUAGGAACGAUUGCUCUUAUUGACGAAGGUGAAACUGAUUGGAAAAUCUUCACUAUUGAUGUCAAUGAUCCUCAGGCACAGCAAAUGAAUGAUAUCAAUGAUGUUGAAAAAUUCUUCCCCGGAUUACUGAAAGCUUCUGUUGAAUGGUUCAAAAUCUACAAAAUUCCCGAUGGAAAACCCGAAAACAAGUUUGCUUUCAAUGGCGAAGCAAAAAAUAGCGAAUUUGCUCUAAACAUUGUGAGAGAAACUCAUAAGUUCUGGAAUGGGUUAAUCAAGAAGGAAUUGGAUGGCGGAAAGCUUAGCUGUUCCAACGUUUCAAUUGAAGGCAGCCCUUUCAAAAUUGGUCUGGAUGAGGCUAAUAACAUUCUGAACCAAGCGCCUAAACCAGGAACUGCAAAAGGAAUCGAUUCCAUCGUUGACAAAUGGCAUUUUUUACAUUUGAAAUGAGCAUCCUUCAUUCCAAUUUAUGAUUACUGAUCAUGGUGUGAACCAAUUUUUCAUUACUGUUUCGUUUUUGUUAUAAAAUCAGAAUUAUUUGAAUAAAGCAAGAAAUUAUUGUAAAAACUGA